UUAACGCCGCUGCUAAAAGUGCUCAUCUUCCACUCUUAGGAUGCCAACAUUCUCCACCUUUCACUCCUUCAACAUGCCUUCUUGAUGAUAAAACAUGCUUCUCUCCGCUUCCGAAACCCUCGUCCCUCUUCCUCCAUCACCACCUCGAUGGACUCCAACAUUUCUAAUCAUCUUCCUCCUCACAACAUCGACAGGGAUUCCGACGAGGAGACCUGGAGCUACAACCCACCAAAACACAGCACAGUGGGCGGCGCAUUUGACCCCCAGUCCAAAUGGGUGCAGGAAUGGAACCGCGCUUUUCUUCUCGUCAGAGCUUCCGGUCUCUUCGUCGACCCCUUGUUCUUCUACGCGCUCUCCAUUAACGGCGACGAGCUCUGCCUCUUCGUCGACGGUUGGUUCGCCGCCACCGUCACCCUCCUCCGGUUCAUCACCGAUGCAGUGCAUCUAUGGAACAUGUGGCUGAAGAUGAAGACGGUGUGUCACAUGAGAAUGUGUGAUAAAAGAGAAGAUGAGGGGGUUGAGCAGAAUGGUCGGAUUUCGAAGAUGAGUCCUCAGAGGGCAGCAAUGCAAUAUCUCAAAUUGAAAAAUGUGUUCUUUUUUGAUCUCUUCGUCGUCCUUCCAAUACCUCAGGUGGUUCUAUGGAUGGCAGUACCUGCUCUAAUAAAGCAAGGUUCCACCAUGUGGGUCAUGACCAUCUUCUUAAUCAUGUUCCUCUUCCAAUAUCUCCCCAAAAUCUACCACUCCAUAUCCUCCCUUCGACGCCUGCAGAACUCGUCGGGAUAUAUUUUCGGAACCAUUUGGUGGGGAAUCGCUCUCAAUCUCAUUGCCUAUUUCAUAGCUUCUCAUGCAGUGGGAGCCUGUUGGUACUUGUUAGGAAUUCAGAGAGCCACAAAAUGUCUAACAGAGCAAUGCAGAGCCGUACAAGGUUGUUGGGCCGACGUGCUGGGAUGUAUUGAGCCCAUAUACUACGGCAACACCGCUGCUGUUGGAGGGAAGACGAGACAUAUAUGGGCCAACAGCACGAGCUCGGCAGAGCAAUGUCUUGGCGACAGUGGGAACAACUAUAGCUAUGGAGCUUACAGAUUAACGGUCCUUUUGGUUGCCAACACGAGCCGGUUGGAGAAGAUCCUGCUUCCUCUUCUGUGGGGCUUAAUGACUCUAACCACCUUUGGUGGAGCUCUGGUUAGCACAACAGAUUGGCUAGAGAUUAUAUUCAACAUUGUGGUCAUCACAAGCGGCCUUAUCCUAGUGACCAUGCUGAUUGGAAACAUCAAGGUAUUCUUGCACUCAACUACAUGCAAAAAGAAGAGUUUGCACAUGAAGAUGAGAAGCUUGGACUGGUGGAUGAGGCAACGGCAGCUGCCGAAGAGUAUCCGGCAGCGUGUGCGGCAGUAUGAGAGGCAGCGGUGGGCGGCGAUGAGAGGCGUUGAUGAAUGCAAUAUGAUAAGCAAUUUGCCCCAAGGCCUGAGAAGAGACAUUAAGUAUCAUCUCUGCCUCGACCUUGUUCGACAGGUGCCUUUGUUUCAGCACAUGGAUGAGCUAGUGCUGGAGAACAUUUGUGACAGGGUGAAGUCUCUGGUGUUUCCUAAAGGAGAAACUAUAACGCGGGAAGGAGACCCGGUUCAAAAAAUGAUCUUCAUCGUUCGCGGCCACCUUGAAAGCAAACAGCUUCUCCGCGACGGCUUGCAGAGCUGCUGCAUGUUAGGCCCCGGAAACUUCACCGGCGACGAGCUCCUCUCGUGGUGCCUCCGCCGCCCGUUCGUCCACCGUCUUCCUCCUUCGUCUUCCACCCUAAUCACCCUCGAGACCACCGAGGCCUUCGGGCUCGAAGCCGCCGACGUGAAGUACGUCACGCAGCACUUUCGGUAUGUGUUUCUCAACGAGAGGGUGCGGCGGAGCGCGAGGUAUUACUCGCCGGCGUGGCGGACGUGGGCGGCGGUGGCGAUACAGCUGGCAUGGAGGAACUAUAAGGUGACGGCAGCUGCGGGUUCGGGAGGUUCGUCGUCGAUGGCAUUUGGUCGUCCGCGGCGGCCGGCGUCAAGGUGUCCCUCGCCGGGGGAGGAGAGGCUGCGGCAUUAUGCAGCGAUGUUGACGUCGCCGAAGCCAAAUGGGGAGGGUUUGUAUUAAAAUUAUAUCGUUUGACGGACAGUUUGUGAAUUAUAUGGGUGAAAACUGA